GGGGUCUGCUUUGAUAUUUGUUUUUUAGUUUUCCCUCUCUACAAAACCGUAAUUAAAAACCCCACAACCUCUCCAUCUUUCGUUGCAUUCACGUUUCAACAGGCUUCCUUCUAUAUCGCCCAUUUAAUAGCUUUGAACCAGUUUCUCAAGUACAAAAACGUCGAUGGCCGUUGAAGCUCACCAUUUAAAUCAUCUAUAUUCUUCUAAUAACAGAGAAAGGAUGAAUCCCGUUGAAGCCAACGGUUUAGUCUAUAACACCCAGAUGAGAUAUAACACUGUUCAAGCGACGACCAUGCCGUUUAACCCCGCCAUGGAAUGUCAAACUUCUCUGUUGAAUCCAAUUUACAACGUCUCACCGUUUGAUUGCCUGGUUCAACAGUCCAUGAAACCGAUGAUCCAUUCCGUUGAGAGUUCCUUGACAUUCAACAGCGAGACUAAUGGCAACGUCGGUUAUCUUUGUCCUGUUUCUUCGUCGUCUAUGCGAAAACGCCCUAGAGAAGAAUCAGCAGUUGUUAAUCAUAUGCCAAGCCAGAAACGUUGCACUGAUCCUCUCAUGUUCCUCGGACAAGACUUGUCUUCUAACGUCCAACAUCACAACUUCGAUAUCGACCGUUUGAUCUCUCAUCAUGUUGAGAUAAUGAGAAUGGAGAUUGAAGAAAAGAGAAAAGCGCAAGGUAGGAAGAUAAUGGAAGCCAUUGAACAAGGGUUGGUGAAGACACUGAGAGCCAAAGACGAAGAGAUCAAUCACAUAGGGAAACUAAACCUCUUUCUUGAGGAGAAGGUUAGGUCUCUCUGCGUUGAGAAUCAGAUAUGGCGUGACAUGGCACAGUCUAAUGAAGCCACCGUGAACUCCCUACGUUCAAACUUGCAACAAGUCCUCGCAGCUGUGGAACGUAACAAGUGGGAGGAGCCCACGGCGGCUGAUGACGCGCAGUCUUGUUGUGGAAGCAACGACGAGGGUGAUAGUGACGAGCGGUGGAGGUUAGCAGGAGAGGCUAAAAGCGUGCGUACGAUAACAAGCACGAUGUGUAGAGGGUGUGGGAAAGGAGAAGCAAGUGUGUUACUGUUGCCGUGUAGACACAUGUGUUUAUGCACUGUGUGUGGAUCUUCGGUUAACACUUGUCCAGUCUGUAAAUCUCCAAAGAAUGCUAGUCUCCAUGUUAAUCUUUCCUCGUGAAACUUACCAUACUAGUAAAUUGUAAAUGUUCUAAAAAUAGUAAAUAGUUGAAACAGUCUCUACAAUCAAUCUUUGGUUUAAAAACUAUUAUUUCUUUAAUUUUUUUCUCUCUUUGGA